AUGGAAACCAGAAAUGAGAGUGCUGACACAGACUUCAUCCUGCUGGGUUUUUCUGAUCGACCACAACUAGAACCCAUCAUCUCUGCCAUUGUCUUCAUCUUCUACAUUGUGGCUCUGGUAGGAAACACAACCAUCAUCCUUGUCUCAUACCUGGACCCCCAGCUCCACACGCCCAUGUAUUUCUUCUUAUCCAACCUCUCUUUUCUGGACCUCUGUUAUACAACCAGCAUCAUCCCCCAGAUGCUAGUCAAUCUGUGGGGACCAAGGAAAUCCAUCACCUACGGAGGCUGUGUGCUCCAGUUCUUCUUUGCCCUUGACCUGGGAGCCACAGAAUGCCUUCUCUUGGCUGUGAUGGCCUAUGACCGCUACGCCGCUGUCUGCCAACCCCUUCACUACACAGUCAUCAUGCACCCUCAGCUCUGCCACAGGAUGGUGCUGACUUCCUGGUUGGGUGGUCUGGGCACUGCCUUAGUUGUUUGUUCCCUGACUUUAAAGUUGCCAAGAUGUGGGCACCGAGCAGUGGACAAUUUUUUCUGUGAGAUGCCAGCCUUGAUCAAGAUGGCUUGUGUUUAUUCAAAGGUGAUUGAGAUUGUUGUCUUUGCUCUUGGAGUGGUGUUUCUAUUGGCACCUCUAUUACUGAUUCUCAUCUCAUAUGGAGUCAUCACCCAAGCUGUAAUGAAGAUCAAGUCAGCCGCCAGGUGGCGUAAGAUCCUCAACACAUGUGGCUCCCACCUCACAGUAGUUACCCUGUUUUAUGGAACAUUAAUUUAUAUGUACAUGAAGCCACAGAAUCAGACAUCUCAGGAUGAAGGGAAAUUCUUCACCCUUUUCUACACAAUUGUCACACCCAGCCUGAACCCUCUGAUUUACACUUUAAGAAAUAAAGAUGUGAAGAAUGCAGUGAAGAGAGUACUGGGAAUGGGAAAAAGUUCCAAAAAGUCUUCAAGUUAG